UAAUGCCUCCCUCUGGCUCGCUGCCAUUAUUAUUUUUGUUCCGCUUGUUGGCCUACACAGAGUAGUCGCGUCAUACUCAACAGCUUUCUUGCUGCUUUCAACGGGGCUGGAAAAAUUCAAUCUUUUUUUCGAGCGAACUAAAUUUAAGUUUUUAUGGACAAAGUGUCUACACUUUCCGGGAUUUUUCAAGCCCUUGUCAUUGGCCUGUUUACUCGAAUGUCGAGUUCUUGGCGUGGGUAAUAACAAUAGCUGCAACGAGGAAAUUGUUCAAUUAUGUGAAGUGAUGUGAGAACCUGGAAAAGUGGACGUGAUUCAGUGAAGGUUUCUUAUUUAUUUGGGGUGGAGUUCUGUUCGAAAAGUGGAGAAUUUGUUAUGAAAGUUUGUGUUGUUCUUAAGAGGAACAGUGAGUGUAAACUUGGGGUGAAAUCACGUAAAUACCGUGAACUUCGUCAGAAUCGAUAAGCUUUAAUCAUGAACUACGGUCGUCAACACUAUAGUCGUGUCCUAAACAACGGAAGAGGUGGCGGUAAGUUCUAAGGACCAUUCUGCACCCUUGGCAUUUCCUCGUGUGUGGGGGUGUUGACUGCUGAGGCGACAACUCGCAUAGUCUUCCUAUUGUCGGUUGUUUGCCGAUAACCUGAAACGACAAAACAUCAUCGACAAGAACGACACAAAAACGACCACCUAAUUAAUCGUAACGACAUAAUGAUUAGCGGGUCAUCCAUAACGAACUUCACUAGCUACGGCGGCGGAAUUCUAAGGAAUGUCAACAGCACACACUAUUUUAUUAUCGACAAGGAGGGGGGCGAUGGGGGCGACAACCACACGGAGAUGGAUACAAGCGACGUAGCGGAACCGGACGAUGUGAUCCAGAAUGAAAUUGUGCAGAUAUUCUUUUGUGUCUUGUACUCGACAGUGUUUGUGCUGGGAGUGUUCGGGAAUGUCCUUGUAUGCUACGUGGUCCUUAGGAACAAGGCUAUGCAAACCGUGACAAACAUCUUCAUUACGAAUUUAGCACUUUCAGAUAUCCUUUUGUGUACUCUGGCCGUGCCCUUCACGCCACUAUACACCUUCAUGGGCGGGUGGGUGUUCGGUCGAGCCCUUUGCCAUUUGGUGCCGUUUGCUCAAGGAUGCAGUAUCUACAUUUCGACCCUGACACUUACGUCCAUCGCCAUAGAUCGUUAUUUCGUCAUCAUAUAUCCCUUUCGUCCGCGAAUGAAGUUGACGACUUGUAUUGCGAUUAUUGUCAGUAUCUGGGUGGUAUCACUCUUAGCGACCCUUCCGUACGGGCUUUACGUCAAGGUGUUCUCGAAUGCAACGGACGGUUUCGAGAACACUUACUGUGAGGAGGACUGGCCCUCGGAACAUUACCGCAAAGUUUUCGGCUCUGUCACGACGAUAUUGCAAUUCGUCCUGCCAUUUAUAAUAAUCUCGAUAUGCUACACAUGGGUCUCCUGCAAACUCAAUGCGCGGGCCAGACUAAAGCCAGGGUCGAAAAACUCGAAGAAGGAAGAGGCAGAUCGGGACCGUAAAAAGCGGACGAAUCGCAUGCUUAUUUCUAUGGUUGCGGUGUUCGGAAUAUCGUGGCUUCCCCUAAACCUCGUAAAUAUUUUCAAUGACUUCUACGCGCGGUCGAACGAAUGGCGGUUUUACACACUCUUGUUCUUCGUAGCGCACUCAAUAGCUAUGUCUUCAACAUGCUACAACCCCUUCUUAUACGCUUGGCUUAAUGAAAACUUUCGAAAGGAAUUCAAACACGUCUUACCCUGCUUUAAUCCAUCAAAUAACAACAUCAUCAAUAUCACAAGGAGUUGUCGUUCCGAACGGAAUACUUGCGCUCGCCACGGAGACUUCGAGAAUGAGAACAUCUUACCCCACAAACACGAGAUUAUCCCACGGGAACCCACUUUCGGUAAGGGACGUGGAGUCGUCAUUACAAAGAAAGUUGACAUUCUGCUUAAUGACGAUCCCAUGCGCACGUCGAUAGACCACAUUGAUGAAAUCACCGUAGAUAACCUUCAAUCUGAAACGCCGUUCAUUAGUAGCGAUAACAAUGUUACAACGAGUACCAUGGUAACGGAUAAUCAUCAUUAAUCGCAUUAGAGACAGUUGUAAGAGCUUUCGCCAUCCAUUCUGCUUUUAAAAUUUCCAAGGAGUGUCAUCGCCCCACCGCCGUUUCAACGUUAUCGUCGUAAGGAACAUACUCUCAAGCGGAUGGAAACGAAGGUCCGAUAACACUUCGUCGUUGCGAAUAUUGCUACAUCACAGCAUCCCUGAUCCAAAGGCGGUGAGUGUGACACGACAUCGUCUUUUUCUAUUACUUAUUUUCCUAUGCAUCGUUUACACCGCCGCUGGGAGCAACUAACAGGACUCACCUUCAGCUUUCGUCCUCCACAGCCAACUAUCUGGAGAAUCGAUUUAUAUUCUAAGACUACAACAGGAACGAACCCUGAUUGCAUCGGGGAACAGCAUAAUUUGUAGAGAUAGGGAUGCUUAUUGGGGGCGAGGAUUCUUUCCUUUUUUGGUUUUCCUUGUGCAGCAACGCGGAUUGUAGGACAAAGAUAUCUGGCCUUCGGCGAAAACUAGUCUUCCUUCUACUUGAGGAGGAAUUUAUUAUGAAUUGUUGGAGAGAUUGUGGGAGUAUCCAAUGGACUGUGCGAAAUCUUUUUUAUACGUUUUAUGUUUUCAUAGAUGUAAGAUAAUAUGCAAAGGAGACUCAGAAUGUUUUUUUAUUUGAACUGGUGCUGCAUGGGGAUAACAAUGAGUGAGUGUUUGGAUUUAGUCAAUACUAACCGUAAGUGGAUAUUGUAUAUUGUUGUAUAAUAGCUGCAGACUGAAGAUGCAUUGCAUAAAGGAA